UGCGACUGUAUCUUAGCCUUUAACCAGCAGUCGGUGUCGUGUCAAAGUAGAAUGCAAAACACGUAAUCAGCUUUUAUGACUUUCCAUAGUGGGGAAUUAGACAGUGACUGGAUAAGCAGAUCAGCAAUAAAGUGAUAAAGACACGAAGCAAAGGUUGGGACAACAGGCACCAAUAUCUGCUUCCUUCAGUUUAUUUUGAUUCAGAUUCUGGAGCUCCAAGCUGUAAUGGACAGAAGCGGUUGAGACUGGGAUGGCUUGAGCCUAGCGAAGCUUUAUUUACCAUUUUUGGUGAAAUCCUUCAGCGUCCAUAAGAGAAUGGAUUCAAGCCGUAUGUUUUGUGGCCCUUGCACCUUACUGUUCAUCCUGUUUGCUGUCCUUCAGAUAAUUGCUACUGCUGUUGCUAAUAAACACUGCUCUUUCGGCAAUGCUUGUUGUGUUUCAGAAAAUCCGAUGCGUGUCGAUGAGAAUAAUCAAGUAGGAGUGGUGAUCAAUAAUAUAACAAUAAAUACGCCUCCUAUUACAAUAGCAGAUCCGUCGGAGGUGCCCGAUGUUGCUAUCAAUGGGAGCAAACUGGUGCUCACAAAAUCAAUUGAUUAUGAGAAUCUGAUGAAUCCUGUAUUAAUAUUCACACUAAACUGUGGAGAUCCACCGGAACCACUACCAUUAUUUAUUGAGAUCCACAAUGUAAAUGACAAUCCUCCCAAGUUCCCGCAGAAGGUAUUGAAUUACAGCAUUGGCGAGCUCUUCCCUGUCAAUACAGUCUGGGUAAAAGAGACAGCAAGUGAUCCUGAUAAAGGACAAGUUUACUAUAGUUUGGAUCCAAACACAAAUGGAGCAAAAUACUUCAAAUUACAGAGUGAUACAACACCCGAGAUUAUUCUCCAAAAGCCAUUAGAUUAUGAGAAGACCAAGAGCUUACAAUUGAUUUUACACGCAAUGGAAACUCCAGCUGGUCCUCCGAACGAUACACUGACCAUUAAUAUUAAUGUCCUGGAUGAAGAUAACAAGCCGCCAGAGUUUGAACCCUGUUUUGAAGUUCUCGCUUCCACUGCCAGCAUCUGCCUUAAUGCAGUUUACAUGGGAAAUAUCACACAAGGCGAGACUGAGACUGGUCCAUUGCAGCUGGAACCUCAGCAGAUUCAAGCUGUUGAUGGUGAUAAAGAAAUCAAAGCCGUGAUUCAAUACAAAAUGGUAAAUGGCAUAAAAGAUUAUGAGAAUACUUUUAAAAUUGAUCAAAACACUGGGGAGAUAACCAUGAUUAAGCCUGUAACCAGCCGAAAUCCAGUUGUCCUGACAGUCAUGGCUUAUCAGGAGAAUGACCACUACAAAUACUCCAUGACCACUGUUACUCUGAAUGUUUUGAAAGAAAACAAAUGCCCACCACAGUUUACAAAGGCGGUCUAUAAUGGAAAUAUACAAGAAAACUUAGAACCUGGAAGUAUUGUCUUUGAACAAAGUUCAUCCACAAAACCUCUUACAGUUAGGGCUGAGGAUUGUGACUUUCCUGACAAAACAAACCCUUCAAUAAAAUAUAAAAUUACACCAAGUGAUGAUUUCACCAUAAACAGAGAUGGAUUUAUCUUUACCAAGACUAAACUGGUAUCCAGACUGUAUGAUCUAUUGAUAACAGCAACUGAUGACGAACAUGGACAAACUGUUACAACGACAGUUAAAGUGCAAGUCACCAGCAAUGACGUACCAAUCACAGUGACAACAAUAACUCAAGGAACUGGACCAACUGAACCCGUGGGGACAGGGACAACUACCAUUACUGCAAAGACACCAUCAAAGACCCCACCAACAGCACCCGUAACUGUGAAAACAACAACACAUGGAAAUGGAACACCAAAACCACCCACUAAACCUUCCGGAACUGGGGCAUCAACUCCAUCAAAGACUCCUCCUCGACCCCCAGGAUCCACAACAGCAAAGCCCCCUGGACAUGGGAGUGAUGCUACAGCAACAACAACUGUGAAAACGACCACACCCCAUGGAAAUGGAACACCUAAACCACCAACUAAACCUCCUGGGACUGGGCCAACCAGUCCAUCAAAAGUCCCUCCUGGAACCCCCCAAGGAUCCACAACAACAAAGCCAGCUGGACCCGGACCAACAAGCACAAAACCUCAGGUCUCUGGAUUAAUAACAACAAAUAAUCCUGAGCCUCCAGGGUCAAUAACUCCAUCCAGGAAACCACCCGAUGGACCCGGAACAACAACAACAACAACUGUGAAAACGACCACACCCCAUGGAAAUGGAACACCUAAACCACCAACUAAACCUCCUGGGACUGGGCCAACCAGUCCAUCAAAAGUCCCUCCUGGAACCCCCCAAGGAUCCACAACAACAAAGCCAGCUGGACCCGGACCAACAAGCACAAAACCUCAGGUCUCUGGAUCAAUAACAACAAAUAAUCCUGAGCCUCCAGGGUCAAUAACUCCAUCCAGGAAACCACCCGAUGGACCCGGAACAACAAGCUCACCAGCAGUAAACCCAAGGCUGAAGUAUGAAGCCAAACACAUGGCAGCUCUUGGAGUUCCAUUAGCCAUAUUGCUCAUUAUUUGUUUCAUCAUCAUUGGAAUUCUUCUCCACAAAAUCCAUAGAGGGAAAAUGGAAUGGGAAAAACUACAGGACGGAUCAGUGAAUAAGUUUUCCAGAGGUUCAAUUACAUCACACAGUGACAAGCUGCAAUUUGAAAAUGAAGGAUAUUUGGAGGAAGCAAAAUCUGAGGGGACCAAAAAAUCAAGUUGGCCAAGGUGGAAGAAUCCUCCCAUCUUCGAAUCUGCUGGGCUGGCUACUAUCCUCGAUCCACCAAUGGAAAACAGCAAACCAACAGGAUCUUCAGAAAUCCAAUCUGCCACCAUGUCCCAAAGUUAUUCCACAGUCCAGGAAAAUGACAAAGUGCAGCACUCCCCAGAAGAGAUUGAGAAUGACACAGAGGUGAAAUCCAUUCUCACCAAGGAGAGGAAGUCGGAUGAAGGCUACAAAGCCGUCUGGUUUAAGGAAGAUAUCGAGCCAGAAGCAAAUGAAGAACAUGUAAUAGAGAGGCAUGAUGAUGGAGAAGAGGGAGAGGAAAGUGACCUUGAUCCUGACAACAGGAACAAAGAUGGGUCUGUGUUAAAACUGAAGUCAGAUGAUGAAGAUUCUAUCACCCUUUAG